GGAGUGCAGCAGGUGGUCCAGGUCGGGCUGCUGCCGAGGACGUCGCCCUUCGCCGCCGUGGCCGCGCGCUGCUACGGCAAGAGGGCCCCCGAGCACGGCCGCGCCAAGAAGCUGGACGACGACUCGGACUCCGAUUCCGACUCGGACGACGACCGGUCAAAAAAACUGAGGGGCGAGAGCGAGUUCUGGCGGCGCAAGAUGCGCACCCUGCACGGCCUGCUGGACCUCAACAAGGACGGCGUCAUCUCGUACGACGACUACAAGCUGCUCGCCGAUCGCUUCGUCGACCUGGGGCAUCUCUCUGCGCAGGACACCCAGGAGUUCCACAAGGCGAUCCAGCAAAUGUGGGAGGAGCAGUGGGGGAGCCUGGACGCGUACAACCUGGUGACGACGGAGCAGUACCUGGCCGAGAUGCAGCACAUGGUGAACGACAAGUCGCUCAAGAAGAAGGCGCAUCUUUUCCUUCCGUACCUCUUCAAGGCUGUGGACAAGGACAAGAGCGGCGAGAUCUCGGUCGAAGAGUUCAAGAUCUUCUUCCAAUGCCUGGGCCUGACUGACCAGGACGCGACUAACGCCUUCAACGUGAUCGACACCAACACAGACGGGCGGCUGAGCUCUAAGGAGUUCGUAAAGCUCGGCAGGGACUUCUUCCUCACGGAGGACCCGAGGCGGCCCAGCAAAAUGUUCUGGGGACCCCUAGUGCCUUGAUCCUUCCUUUUGUUUGGCUGUGCUUCCAAUCAGACUGUGUAAUGUAUUUUUUUCUGUCUUCAUUUAUUUUUUUUGCGGUGUGUGCGGGUCAAAUCGGAGUCUGACUGAAAACUUGAUGUGCUUAUUUUCCUGGCGCAUUGGUAGCGAUUUAAGAACCGUGCAUGUUAAAGUGUUAAUCAACUUAAUUAUUGUGAUACGGUAGCGAUUUCAAUUGAAAUCUUAUGAUGGAGUUUUGUAUCUACAUUAGUGUGCUGCCAGGGAAUUCCCUUUCCCCAGUACAUAUCUAAUGGAGUGCCUUGAGGAAUUUUUGUUAUCACCAUGUACAUAAAAUGUACUGCUCAUGACUGUAUGAAAAUUCAACUUUAUUUGUGUAUUUCUUUUUGAACAGAAAGUACAAUAUACUAGACAAUAACAGAAAAGUACUAGCAAAGCUAUGCUAUAACUAUUGUAUGUAUUGUUCGAGGGAGCAAUGGCAUCACUUGUGAUCUUAUCUGAAAUUCUCCCGCAUCGUCGAUGCACUUAAUGUUUGUGAUAUUUAUCUAGAAGUGUACAUAAAUAAACUAUUUUUACCUGAAA